AUGUCCGCCGAACAGCAAAUCGCCCCUGGCACCACCGCGUCAUCUGCGUCGCCAAUCACCCACGUCGCCGCCAACCCCGCCAACCCUCAAGAUGCCGAGGGACGACAGCCCACCGCCGCCACCACCGGUUCCUCCGAACUCGCCAGUGGGAAGGUGAAGCUCAAGGCCGCUCUCCGUCACUUCCCCGACUUUCCCCAGAAGGGCAUCGAUUUUGUCGACAUUAUGCCACUGUUCCUCGACCCCACCGCCCAUGAAACUCUCGUCUCCGCUCUCCACCUCCAGAUCCAAGAAGGCUACGGCGGUGUCGUCCCCGACGUUAUCGUCGGCCUCGACGCCCGUGGUUUCCUCUUUGGUCCCGGCCUUGCUCUCCGUCUCGGCAAGGGCUUCGCUCCCGUGCGCAAGCAGGGCAAGCUUCCUGGUCCUUGUGUGACCGCUGAAUACCAGAAGGAGUACGGCACCGAUUUCUUCCAGAUGCAGGAGGACGCCAUCAAGCCUGGCCAGAAGGUGCUCAUCGUUGACGAUAUUAUUGCUACUGGUGGUUCGGCCAAGGCGGCAGCUGACCUUGUCAAGAAGCUUGGAGGUGAAAUCAUGGGUUUCCUCUUCAUCCUCGAGAUUCCUGGCCUCAACGGCCGCGAGAAGCUCGACGGUAUCAACACUACCAUUCUCAUUGAGGACGCUUGA